AACAGAACCCCCUCCGGUUGACCAGAGCACUUGUCUACCAGUCAACACUCCGGGGCUGCCUCACUCUACAGGUCGUGAUUAUGCUACGAAGGACUCUUUGAAGUCAUCGCGUAAUUCUAGUCUGCUUAGAGGCCCCCUUAUUCCUUUCGUCACCCCAAUCCCCCUCCGACUAUUUUGAACUUGCUCCACACCACGCAAGAUGGACUACGAGGCGUUGAAGGACGGGUGGAGCGAGGUUGAGGAUCGCGAUGGUGUCAGACUUAGCUGGAAUACAUUUCCAAGCUCGCGCAUGGAGGCAUCCCGCUUAGUUGUCCCCAUCGGAGCAAUGUACACGCCGCUCAAGGAGCUGACCGACGCCCCGAUACUACAAUAUGAACCUGUGACAUGCAAGGCCCCUUGCAAGGCAGUCCUCAAUCCUUACGCGAAUGUUGAUGUCCGGGCUCGUAUCUGGAUAUGUCCCUUCUGUCUUAUGCGCAAUCCUCUACCACCGCACUACAAAGACAUUACAGAGAAUACCAUACCGCCGGAACUUCACCCACAGAGUACGACUAUAGAGUAUCGAUUGGCUCGCCCAGCUCCAGCUCCGCCGAUUUUCGUAUAUGUUGUGGACACUUGUCAGGAGGAUGACAGCCUGAAGGCAGUCAAGGACUCCCUCGUUAUGAGUCUUUCCUUGCUGCCGCCAAAUGCACUUGUUGGUCUGAUCACGUAUGGAACAAUGGCGCAAGUCCAUGAACUGGGCUAUGGAGAGUGCGCAAAGUCCUACGUGUUCCGAGGCAGCAAAGACUAUGCCUCAAAGCAGGUCCAGGAAAUGCUUGGACUACUUGGUACUGGCAUACGUCCAGGUGUUCCUCAAGUUCCCGGCCGUCCACCACCCCCUAUGGGCCCUACAGCGCGGUUCCUCCUUCCUGUGCAGCAAGCUGAAUUUCAGAUUACCAACAUCCUUGAACAGUUGCAACGCGAUCCCUGGCCUGUCGCAAACGAUAAGCGGGCUUUGAGAUGCACUGGAGUUGCUAUUAGCGUUGCCGUCGGAUUAUUGGAAACAUCUUUCCAGAACGCUGGUGGACGAAUCAUGGUUUUCACAAGCGGUCCUGCUACCGAAGGCCCGGGUGCUGUUGUCAGCCCGGAGUUGAAGGAGCCUAUUCGGUCUCACCAUGAUAUUGACAGAGACAACAUCAAAUACUUCAAGAAGGCGGUCAAGUUCUAUGACAACCUUGCAAAACGUGCCGCUCAUAACGGUCACAUUGUCGAUUUAUUUGCUGGCUGCCUCGAUCAAGUCGGUAUGCUGGAGAUGAAAAACCUAUCAAACUAUACCGGUGGUCAUAUGCUGCUUACUGACAGCUUCACAUCAUCGCAAUUUAAACAGUCAUUCGUCCGGGUCUUUGACAAAGAUGAGAAUGACAACCUUCUCAUGGGCUUUAAUGCAUCCUUGGAAGUUCUCACUACGAAGGAACUCAAAGUUACGGGUCUCAUCGGUCAUGCUAUUUCACUGAAUAAAAAGUCUAGCAGCGUUGGAGAAACCGAGUGUGGUAUCGGAAAUACAUGUGCUUGGAAAAUGUGUGCCAUUGACCCUACUUCAAGCUAUGGUAUCUACUUCGAAAUCGCAAAUCAAGGCGGGCCUGCGCCGAUGCAGCAGGGUCCUCAACGUGGAAUGAUGCAAUUCCUCACAUACUACCAGCAUUCUUCUGGCCAGUUCCACUUGCGAGUCACAACCAUUGCUCGAAAUCUCAGUGGCCCUGCUGGUGAUCCGGCACUUGCCCAGUCCUUUGAUCAAGAGGCAGCCGCGGUAUUGAUGUCCCGCAUUGCUGUUUUCAAGGCCGAGGUUGACGAUGGUCCUGAUGUUCUCCGGUGGGUCGACCGCAUGCUUAUCCGACUUUGCUCCCGCUUCGCGGAUUACAGAAAAGAUGAUCCGACAUCAUUCCGCCUUGAGAAGAACUUCUCCCUUUACCCACAAUUUAUGUUCCAUCUCCGUCGAAGCCAGUUCUUGCAGGUUUUCAACAACUCUCCUGAUGAAACAGCAUUCUACCGACAUGUCCUGAACCACGAGGAUACUGGUAACUCUUUGAUCAUGAUUCAACCCACACUCGAUUCAUACUCCUUGGAGCAAGAAGACAGCCAGCCUGUUCUCUUAGAUUCUGCCUCCAUUCAACCUACUCACAUUCUCCUCCUCGACACUUUCUUCCACCUGCUCAUUUUCCACGGAGAAACUAUGGCCGAGUGGAGGAAAGCCGGUUACCAGGACCAAGAAGGUUAUGAGAACUUUAGGGCCAUAUUAGAACAGCCAAAGGAAGAUGCAAGGGAACUCAUCGCAGAUCGCUUUCCGCUACCUCGUUUCAUCAUUUGCGACGCAGGUGGCUCUCAGGCUCGAUUCCUACUUUCCAAACUUAAUCCUUCGACAACCCAUUCAACUGGAGGCUAUGGUGGCGGCGUGACUGCACAGACUAUCUUCACUGACGAUGUAUCGUUACAGACAUUCAUGGAACAUUUGAUGAAACUUGCUGUUUCAGGUACCAACUAGGCAUGACGCAAAAGUGGCAUUCUCCCAAACUACUAGGGUAACCUGCAAUGUCUUCGCGUGGCUGUGUGUACCUUUAGCGGCUUUUCUCUUCGUCAUUUCUUUCUAAAGUAGAAUGAAAAUUAUACCAUUCAAGUCUAUUUUUACUAGCUACACAUGUAAAGCGAAGUUCAUACGACGAAAAGAUCGUGUAAAUUAUUUGCAAUAAAAGAAAUUGAAAAAACAGAAAGACACACCGCAGCCAUUUGCUCCACCACGGAAGUACAUGUAAAUGUGCGAAUUGAGUGGGUCAUAUUAAAUCAGAAUAUAUAACUAUAUCUACUUUAUCGUGUUUAAUUUGAUCAUAAAAAUC